UCCGCAGACGAAAUUGUAAAUAGCCUACUGGAGCCGAGUCARUUGAUAGAGGUGGAGAAAAGGGCAGACAUAUAAAUUUAGAAAAAAACGACGUAUAGAAAAUUCGUAGGCUACUCGGUCAGGCGGGCAGAUAUGUCGACUCGACCAUCGAAAAAAACGACGUCACAUCGGGUUGAACGAGACGCGCAUUAUAUAAUCUUCAUAAACCUGCCUCGUUGCAUCCGUUUUUUUUAUCAACCAAUGGCCUCUUCUGGACAGCUAUGCAUAUGAAUAUAAAUGCAAAUAUCUGGUAGCGCACUGCUUGAACCGAAAUGUCUGUGUUUAUUUGUGCUGGUGUUAUUUUUAGCCUAAGCCAUCCAUGUUUCAUCUGAUGGUUCCGAAAAGGCGCAUAAUUUAAUAGCAUUACAUUAUUUUAUUUGUGAAUGGGGUUUAUCCCUCUGUUUUUUGGAGAGGAACAUUUUAUAACGUCGCAAUGAACUGCACCAUGGAUUUCAAUCAGAYUUCUUAGGGUAUAGUGCCGGUUUAAUCGGUGGAAAGAGGGAAACGCUGUUCAUGUAAACAAGAACCGACAAUCCUCUCAGAUCCGCCCCAUUUAUUUAUUAKAUCUUUCAGUAUUUCUUGACACAUCUGCAAAAGUGUUUUUUCUACCGUUCUUCCACGAAGACGGCAAUGUCAUCAUCAACAUCCCGGCGUGGUUUUGUUGUUGUCUGAUUUUACUACUGGAUAUCGGCAGUUACCCCUGCGCCAAGCCAUACAUCAGUAUUUCUAUAAGGUGACUCAAGCUUGGUCUGCAGUGACAUCCAUCCCCUUCACCCUAUUGGUCUUCUAUACCAUGAGCUCUGGCUCCGCCCAGGAUGUGGCGGUGGAGCAUUUCUUGUGUGACAUAGAGAGGAGGGGCAAGCGGCUACAUUGCGCUGUGAUUGGCUGCGAGGAGGAGCAGUGUCCACGCGGCGACAUGAACCUGCUGUAUCGUAAGAGCCGGCUGGACUGGAGGCACAAAGACCAGGAAGGCAAUAAGAAGAGCUCCAGCCAGAAGGACCCCUCCUCAGCCACGGUGGGGAAGGUCCGUGACCUGGCGUCCUUCCGACGCCACUUCCGCAUGGGCUUCAUGACCAUGCCUGCCUCCCAGGAUCUGUCCCCUCACUCCUGUGCCUCUGCCAUGGCCCCCCGCUCCCAGUCCUGCCAUGCCGUGGGCGCUAGAGACACAGGUCUGGAGAAUGGGGAGGAUUACUCUGACACACAGUCACAGCACGGCGGGCGCUGCCCCCCUACCAAACCCAAACGACACCCCAGCACCCGCCUCAGCUCCUCCUCCUCAGACCCCAGAGCACCUCACGUCCUCCCGGACACCCCUCCACCGCCCCUMCCCACUCACUCGCAGGCCAAACACUCAGAGAAGAAGAAUGCAAUGAAAAAGUCAGACUCGGGGGACAUGUCGAAGAAGGUGCCGCCUCUGAAGCCCAAACGAAGUCCCAGCACUCAGCUCUCGUUUGACCCCCCACCGGCCCGCGUUCCCCCUCCUGCCACGCCCCUGCCUUUCCAGGGGGGUGAGGGUAAGCCCCAGGGUGAGGAGGGGGAUGAUGAGCCUGUCUACAUAGAGAUGGUGGGCCAGGUGUUCACAAGGGAGAGCCAGACUGCCACCCCUCACCCUAUCACUCCCGUCGCCACCACACCCGACUCAGACUCAGACCAAAAUGAGGCCAUCUAUGAGGAGAUGAAGUACCCGUUGCCAGAGGACAGAGAGGGACACAAACGCGUCCCUCUCAAACACGAGAGACUCAAAUCCUCCAAACACCACCACUCCUCCUCUGGCACGUCCGCCCAUCUACCUCGCCCCUCCUCCUCCCCCUCCUGCUCCAAACCUAAAGCCACAGUGUCCAUCUCCCACUCCUCGCCCCUCCCCUCCUCCACCUCCACCACCCCUGUCCCCCAGCCACUCUCCUCCAGCCCGCAACCCCCACGGGCCCCUACCCCCUAUCUCCUCCAGGGGAACAAAUCAGAGACAGAGUCCAACAGUAAGAUCCCAGCCCCCUUCCCCAACCUGCUGCAGCACCGGCCUCCGCUGCUCGCCUUCCCCCAGCCAGCUGCUGCCUCCAGCGGGGUCGGGGUCCAACACAAAGCUGUUGCUGCCAAACUGGGAACCAUCAGCAUCCAGACCUCCUCCAGUAUGACAACGCCAUCCAGCACCUCCUCUGCCUCUACCACCCCCUCUUCCAAUCUCCCCAUGCUCCUGUCAGGCUGUAAGGAGUCUAGGGAAAGAGACAAGCAGAGCAGAGACAAAGACAAAGACAAAGACAGAGACAGAGACAGAGACAGAGACAGAGACAGAGACAGAGACAGAGACAGCCAGCUCGGCCCUGCACCAGGGCUAAGGGCCAGGAGCCACUCCACACCGCUGCCCCCUUCCUCCAAGUCCACCUCCCCUUACUCCCACCAGCACCACCACCCCCACCACCGGCCCUCACACUACCACCACUACCGCAAACCAGAAAGAGGAGACUCGCCCAACCCCAACACCAACAACAAGAAUGGCUCAGAAACCUCCUCCAAGUCCACUGCCCAGACCCAGACCCAGGGCUCUGGCAAGGAGGGCAAGUCUGUGAGCUUCUGCUUGAAGUCAGACAAAGGAGACAGGGACAGGGACAGAGAGAGGGAAAGAGACGGUCACAGGGACAAUCACAGAGACAGAGACAGGGACAAUGACAGAGAGAGACACAGGGAGAGAGACAGAGAGCGAGACCGUGACAGAGACAGAGAAACAGGGUCCCACUCUACCUCCUCUCAGGCUGAGAGCACUCCCACCACCAACAGCCAUUCAUCCCAGACCAGCACCAGUUCAAACCCAACCCAGUCCUCCUCCUCCACCUCCUCCCACUCUCGCCCUCACUCUCGUUCCCACCUCCAACGCUCCCACACCCCUCAUGGCCUGCCUGCCUACAAGCCCCCCUCCUCAGACAGCCCCCUGCUCUGGACCUACCCCUCGGUGGGCUUCCGGAGACCCCCGGCGUACGACAGCCUGCGAGGAGGGUCUCAUCUGCCCUCCUUGCACCACCAGGGUCACGGUGAUGUGGCCUCCAAAAGCAGCACGGUGCCUGGGCCCGUCCAGGGGAAGGCUGCGUUCAUGCCCUGGGACAGCAGUGGCUUUGGAGACGAUGGGUCCUACUGGCCCGUGCAGAGGAAACUCUCCUUCAGCCAUGGCAGCCGAGAGACAGCAAGAGAAAAGGAUGAAGGGCGUGCAUGGAAUGGUAGUGCCGAUGCCCUCCUGAGGGUGGACAAGGAGGAACUGGUCCCAGGGCAUCGAGGAGGAGGAAGAGGAGGAGGCCACUCUGGGAUCCCAGUACGCUUCACUGGAGGGAGGGGGCUGGGCCACAGUGAGUCCCUGGCCGGGAUGGAGGAGGGGUUCUUGGGGUUCCGAGCCCUGCCUAGAGGGGGUCUCCCUCUCCCCUGCCAAACCUUCCCAGCCUAUCGCAAUGGAGAACUGGGUCGAUUCGGCCGCUCAUCAUCCACCUCUGGGGUGAGGCAGGUGGGUGGAUGCGACGUUCAGAGGCAGAGCAGCCUGCCUCAUCGAGAGGCACUGAGUCAGUUGCAUGGGCUGUCCCACUCCUCCCAGACACCCUGCAGUCCCAGUCUGUCUAGACAGCAGCAGCAGCUCCAACUCCAUCAGCAGCAGCUGCAGUUACAGCAACAGCUCCAGCAGCUGCAGCAGCAGCACCACCUCCAGCUGCAGUUCCAGCACCUGGCUCAGCUAGCCCAGGGACAGCCUCCCAACACCGGGGGCGCCGCCGCAUCCGCAGCCCAGACCCAGAGGGAUGGCAAGCUGCUGGAGGUCAUUGAGAGGAAGCGCUGCCUAUGCAAAGAGAUCAAGGCCCAGCGGCGCCCGGACAAGAGCCUGUGUAAGCAGGACAGCAUGCCUAUCCUGCCCAGCUGGAGACGGACCCCUGAACCCCGCAAGACGGGCACACCUCCCUGCCAGAGGCCCCAGGCUGUGGGCCCAGGGGUGGAGCUCUGCAAAGGGGCCCGUCCAGCAGAGACACAGCAGGCCUACGCUCCAGGACUGGCCUCAGUUGUCCAUGCUGAGAGGGCAGAGGAAGGCAAGGAGGGCUAA